CUUUCAGAACAAAUAAUUUGUCAAUGCAUGAGCGUCACAGUUAAUCAUCUGACAAAUUUUUUUUUGUUAGUCGUUUUUGAGAAAUUAAAUUAUUUGUGGUGAAGCAUUCGUUGGAUACAAAUUCAAAAUUUAAACGAAAAACUUUCCAGUGUGCCCAUCUUUACUGACGAGAUAAAUUACUGUCACGUUCAGCCUUCUGAUUCCCAAAACCUUCCACUGUGGCAUCAGUAACGCUUCGGUCGAUACAAUAUGAACACCAACAUGAUGUUGCCCGCCUACCUUUGUGCGCUCUUAAUUGGUUUAUGGUCGAUGACAGUGGUUUCGGCUGGAAAUGAAGAAGCCAAUUUCGUGUUUUGCUAUGGGACCGAUCCAUUUAAAGAAAAAUUUGAAUUGAAAGACGCACUUCAAAUACUGAACCAUCCCGAAUUUGAUGUAAAUCGCAACACUGUGUUGUAUAUACACGGAUACAUAGAGUCAUCGAAGUCACCAACUGUUCAGAAGAUUAUUGAUGCAUACAUGGAACGAGCCACGUAUAAUGUAUUAAUCUUGGAUUGGGCUACGUUGGCAGAUGGUCUGUAUCCGACUGCUGUUCGUAAAUCAAGUGAUCUUGGACCGACAAUAGCUGACAUUUUCUUGGAUUUAUUCGACAAUGGCUUACCGCACGCGAAACUUCACAUAGUCGGCCACAGUCUUGGCGCUCAUCUAGCAGGGCAGAUUGGACGGACAAUAACUGAAAAAUCUGAUGGACUUAUCAAAUUGGAAAGAAUAACUGGUCUCGAUCCCGCAUUUCCACAAUACUAUCCCUCUAUUGGGGGUGCUAAAGCUAUAAGUGACGAGGACGCAGUUUUGGUCGAUAUUAUCCAUACGGAUAAAGGGCGAUAUGGAACCUUAUUUUCCACCGGUACCGUUGAUUUUUGGCCGAAUGAAGGUGGUCGUAUUCAACCAGGAUGCCCGAACGGUAUACACAUUCCACUUAGUGAUAGAGAUCUAUGUAGUCAUCAACGUUCUGUAGCGCUUUGGGCUGAAAGUGUUGCCAAUCCUUCGUCAACGUUUGUCGCAACAAAUAGAAAAUAUAAAUCGACACAACUACAAAUGGGCAUUAGCUGUGCCAAAGGUUCCAGACGGGGAGACUACGAUCUAAAUACGAACGCUGACUAUCCAUACUCGAGAUCGGCAUAAACUGACCUACAUUACUAAUUCUGACCAUAGACUUGCCUGACGCUUAAAAGUGAUAAUGAAAAAUGACGAGAAAUUUG